UGGCGCACGCGCGCAAGGGCUUCGGCCGCUAAGCCGAGCGUAAACAAGGCGCCGCUGUGAGGGGAGAUGAGGAGACGGCCGGAGAUGAUGAUGAUGAUGAUGAUGAGCCGGGCCGGGCGCUUCCGAGGCUGAGCCUCGCCGCCUUUCUUGCGCUCCUCCGGCCGGCGAAGGACGAGCGACGAGGCCGCCAUGAAUUUAGCCAGUCAGAGCGGCGAGGCCGGCUCCGGCCAACUGCUCUUCGCCAACUUCAACCAGGACAACACGUCCUUGGCUGUGGGCAGCGUGUUGGGGUACAAAUUCUUCUCUCUCUCUUCUGUGGAUAAACUGGAGCAGAUCUACGAGUGCAAUGACACUGAAGACGUGUGCAUCGUGGAACGGCUCUUUUCCAGCAGCCUGGUUGCCAUCGUGAGCCUCCGGGCGCCUCGCAAGCUGAAAGUCUGCCACUUCAAGAAAGGGACGGAGAUCUGCAACUACAGCUACUCCAACACGAUCCUGGCCGUCAAGCUGAACAGACAGAGAUUGAUCGUCUGCCUGGAAGAGUCUCUAUACAUACAUAACAUACGGGAUAUGAAGGUGCUGCACACCAUCAGGGAGACGCCCCCCAAUCCUGCAGGAUUGUGUUCCCUAUCCAUAAACAAUGAUAACUGUUAUCUGGCCUAUCCAGGGAGCGCGACCAUUGGCGAGGUCCAAGUUUUUGACACCAUCAACCUGAGGGCUACCAACAUGAUCCCCGCUCACGAUAGUCCGCUGGCCGCCCUGGCUUUCGACGCAAGCGGUACGAAACUGGCCACCGCCUCCGAAAAGGGCACGGUGAUCCGGGUAUUUUCCAUUCCAGAGGGGCAGAAGCUCUUUGAAUUCCGAAGGGGCAUGAAGAGGUGCGUCAGCAUCUCUUCGUUGGCCUUCAGCAUGGACGGCAUGUUCCUGUCGGCUUCCAGUAACACAGAGACGGUGCACAUUUUCAAGCUGGAGACUGUGAAAGAGAAACCUCAGGAGGAACCCACCACCUGGACGGGGUACUUUGUGGAGACCAUUCGGACGUUCCCAAACUACCUGCCUGCCCAGGUGACCGAAAUGUUCAACCAAGGCCGAGCCUUUGCCACAGUCCGGCUCCCCUUCUGCGGGCACAGAAACAUCUGCGCCUUGGCCACAAUUCAGAAAAUUCCCCGACUGUUGGUAGCAGCUGCCGAUGGGUAUCUCUACAUGUACAAUUUGGACCCUCAGGAAGGGGGUGAAUGCACACUGAUGAAACAGCACAAGUUGGAUGGCAGCAUGGAGCCAGCCAAUGAAAUUCUAGAAUCUGCCUCUCAUGACAGACCCUUGGUAGCACAGACCUACAGUGCCGCUGUGACCAGAGGUGCUGCUUAUAUGCCUUCUUCGCCCACAAGACACGUCUACAACGAAGAUCUGGGGGCCGUUGGCGGCGUUUGCCUGGAGGACGACAUCAGCGCUCUGCGGCUAGACGAAGACAGCGAGCAUCCUCCCAUGAUCCUUCGGACUGAUUGAACUUCAACCUGUGAAUUGCACUCCCCAAGCUGAGAACGCCAGGCUGACGCUUCCGGAGGACUCGUGUCGACGCUGCUAUGGACUUCGGCCUGAGCCAAGCGGUGUGAUCCUCAAAGGGAGACAGACUUCCCUCUGAAAUCGUUUCCAAGCAAAACCUGCGUAACACACAGACCUACACACACACACACACACACACACUCAUGCCCAUCCUAGCUUGUAGUGGCGGUUCCAUACUCCCCCCAGAGGUGGAAACGCACACCUAGAUUUCACUUUGGUGGCCUCCUGCUUUUUUUUCUUUUCUUCUUUUUUAGCCGUCAGGAAAUAACUCGUAUAUUUUUUCGUUGUUGCCAAACAAAACAAACAAACAAAAAAAAAAGAAACCAACCUUUGCUAUUUAUUCAGCA